CGCGCGGCUGGUUAGGCUUUCGCGCUGGUUAGAUUUUCGCGCACGCAUUUGGUUACCAAUAUCGCCCUCCGGGCGCGACCUUCAUACUACACCGGAGCAAGAGGAACUGGAGGCAGAUGAUGAAGACAUGCCCGGCGGCGACGGUCGACUGCCCUUCCGCAGAAAUUCGUCGAAUAACAAAGGGAAGUCCUGCUGUCAAAGCUUGACGAAAAUCUUCCGCGCGGCUCUGCAACCGAUUGUGUCGUCGGCUGCGAAAGACAAAGAUAGUGCCGGACGUCGAGAGGAGCAAGAACACCCACGAAACGCAACAGCAGCUGUCGUGCUGGGAGCUGCUUCUUCAGCCAGUGACGAGCAGGACGGUCGUGCUAAUGAACAGGCAGCGCCAGCGCCAGCAGGCCCUACAAAUGUAAUUCCGUCAGGCUCAGGCCAGCAGCAAGGCAUAAGCACUGGAGGACCUCCGACUUCCCGGCGAUACCGGUCGCGUCUUGGUGGAAUACGAGGAAUCAGAAAUGCUCUCUCUGGGGUUUCGGUGGAGGACGCAGAGGCUGCCGCUCCGCGGACGCGAGAACGGGGGCUAUUGCGGUCGUUGCACAUUCGAACUGAUAGUGGACAACAGCAAGGAGGUUCCGCUUCUUCUGGCACAACAGCUUCAGCUGCACAUCACGGAGAUCUACUUCACUCACAGCAAGAUCCUGCGCAAACUUUUUCGUCCGUCCUGGCAACGACGCCGCCCCCGAGUUCAGCAAGCCAGCAGCAGGAACUACAACAGCCGCGAUCUACUUUAUCGUCUGCUGCAUCCAGUACUGCGACAAAUAUGACACUGCGACAAAGUCAGUCGAGGAACCGGAGCCCUCUUCCAAUGACGCCCCCGCUCUCGAUGAGUGAUCUGAACUCGGUGAUCUUUGAGCGAGCUUUCAUCGCCGAAGGCGAACGCAGGGAAAGACGAAGGAGGAGAAACAGCGAGGAUCAACAACACGCAGCGGUAGGAGCGGCCGAUAGUGCACAUAAUCACGCCACUGCUCCUGGUGGCAAUGACCCUCAAAUUGUAAACGUGGUCAGCAACAACUACGACCAGAGCGAAGCCUCGUCAAGCCACGGUUCUUUCGGCAUUCCAGUUAGCAGCAUUUUUCCAGAGGGCCUGAAUAGCACCAGUCGGGGCACCCAGCUUUCCCUGCGGCAAGUCCAAGAGAGAAUCGACACUCACAUUCUGCAGCAAAGCGGCCUGAUGUAUUUUUCCUCCGAAGGAGGUCGGGGCCGGGCAGAGUCUGAUACUGGGAGAGAGUCCGGCGUUUCGAGAAGUUCUUCUGGCCGAGGCUCUAGUACUCUCUCGGGGCCGAGGCUCUCCAGCGUUUCUAGCAGGGGUUCUAGAAGAACUGUUGGUGGCGGCAGAAGAUCCCCUUCUUCUUCAAUCGGCCGCCGGCCUUCAUCAUCGCAGAGGUCUUCCGCGGGAGGUUCAUCAUCAUCCGCCGCUGGGUAUAAUUCUUCGGCGAGGAACAGCAGUUUGAUGAGCAGAGUUUCGUUCGACGGCCCGGCACCGAAUGUGGCACCAGGCGAGGCGAAAGCACGCCCACGGACUCCUCCUAGGAAUCGCAACGGAGGAGGAGGGUGGUCUUCAAGACGGCGGAGCUCUUCUGCAGCUUCUGCUGCUCCUUCGCAAGCACAAACCAGACCACCGCGGCCCGGGCCACGGGCACCGGCCAGACAGGAACACGAGCAGCAGCGAGCAGUUGUGCCACUGUCAGAACCAGCUCAACCUCCUUUGCAGCGCGGAGCAGCGCGGCAGUACCAGGUCGAUGUUUUUACUAGCUCCGACGAACAGGUUGAAGACGCUGCAAUGCAAGAGCGUGACCUUAUCAGCAACGAUCGCAUUUCCUUUGUCGCCAAUCUCAGUGAGGUUGAUGCACACCACCUUAACAGAACACGUCCUGCGACCGUCGACGGAAAGGAAGCCCCACGAAGAAUAGACGAGAGCGACUGUUGCCCACCUCCCAAGACGCCGACGACGUCAAAGACAAUUUCAUCUUGGCGGCAUACUGUGAGAUUCACGACACUCGGUGGGAAUAGUGGCAGCUACAUUUUAGACGACAUCAUCCGAGACAUUACCACUGUGGGCGAAGUGAUUCAACGGCUCAGGGCGAAGUAUGGUGACAGCAUUCACGACAGUGUUCGGGUGGAGAUUUUGAAACGGAGCGUACUUGUGGAAAAACUACAACAGAAGAAGAAAACCAUGCGCCCGUCGAAAGACGAUUUUUCGUCUGCCGCGCCGCGCCCGAGCAACGCAUCCUCGUCUUCCGACAAUCUUCCGAGGAUUUUUGAAGAGGGUGCCCCUCCGCCACUGGUCAACGCCCCGGCUUCAUCUUCGUUAUCGCCAAUGGACGUGGAGGAUUUUUUGCUUGUGACGCGAGCGAAAAAUAAACUCGUCUCGUCCGUCCAUCUUCAUCUUCGAGAAGUCCAAGACCCUCCUCCAGGUGCAAGUAGCACACUCGAUUCCUUUGAAACGAGAUGCACAACUCAAGCUAGUAGCAGCAGCCUUGCUGGCACCCCAGGACCUGCGGGCGGUUGUGCGGCAGCUGCGCCCUGCUUCCCGAGUCAAAGCGCCAGCGGGUGCGGCUCAUCUUCUUCACCGCCGGGCACGACUUACCAUUUGCCUGCAAAAAGCUACUACAGCCAGGAAGAUUCGGCAAGUAUAGGCGGGAAACUGCUUGAGGACAUAAUUGGCGGCGAGCGUAAAGACGCAGACUACUACCUGACGCUGCACCACGAGCCACAGUUUCACUCGGAACAAGAACAGCUCGGAUUCUCUUCCUCUCGUCGCAGUAGUAUUGGCUGGACAAAUUCUAGUACUGCAGCAACCAGAGCCGAGAGCGAAUUUUUGUCACGCCGCGGCAGUUCGCAGACGGUUGGUUCUUGUGGUAAAGAAUUGCUCGACCAGCAUCCGGAACAUGUUGACGUCGAUGAAGACGAGCACAACACUUUUUUCCAAUUAAUCCUCGUCGACGAGUGUCAGCGGUUGAAAGACACUCUAGAAAACCAUUUAAAGGAGGAAUUCACCAAGGCGAAAAAAGAAGUGAAGCUCCUCUUCCACAACAUCGACAGUGUCGGGGAUCGACUGUUUCCCCAGAUAAAACACCUCGAAAAUUACUCGCAAAUGGACCGGGUUUAUGGAGAUGCUCUGUCGAACUACCUGGGGUCCAGCUCGAGAUACGUUGAGAGCUUGGAAACGUUUGUGGGAAAUUUGAAGGAGCAUUACGUCGAGGAUCUUGUUCUUGACGUCGAGAUGAAAACGAGAACUGGCCAACUGGAUUUGGGGAAUGUGGGACCGCAGCUGCAACAGGAAGAAAGAGAGCUUCCUCCUGCAGAACUCCCCGCAGCUCCCGAAGAUGAAGCGCAACCAGAAUCUCCCCUCUCCCUAGCUCAGUCGUCCGUCGCUUCUUCCCCGGAGAUCAAAGCCUACAAGUUGAAAGACCCGCUGCCAGCCGACCUCGUGCCCACAGAUUGGCGGUCUUGCCAGGAUAUCCGGAGAUUUCACGAGGAACACGUGCGACAGUUGCAAGAAGCCCGGAAGAAGUUUGCGGAAGUUUUGCUGCAAACCGCUUACGAAGCCGCGGAUCGGGAAGGGAAAGCCGCGGGGGAGUCAGAAGUUAUUCCUCCAAACAACGGUGCUGGAGGUCCUCGCGGGAGGAGACGAGAUAGAGUGGCGGGAGGAGCAGUUCCAGCGCAGGAAGCAGAAGCACAAGCGGCUGGCGCAGCAUCUUCUACCUCCGCGGUGCAACAGCAACAAGACAAAAUAAACAGCGAGCGUGAUGCUUUUGUGCAAUCUGUCGUGCAACUUCUCGGGCUGCAGGAAGAGAUCUUCGGAACAAGCGAUUGA